AUGACCUGUGUCUCAAAUGCUUACGCAGAGCCUAUGAAUACAAGUUCUCGAAGAUAAUGAAGAAUCUAACAUAUUCAUCAGUUGAGAGUUUUCAGAACGCAAACACAUUUUCUUCUGUCAACUGACGACAGUGCCAUGGAUGGAAGAAACAGCAAAGGCUAUAUGUGGGCAGUCUCGGCCGGAUUGAAUGCUGCUAUGGCCGCCAUAUCCGCCAAGCACUUCUCAUCUUGGCUCAUUCGGUAUGGAAUGGUCAUAAUUUUUAAUGUGACAAUGUGGGGCUGUUAUGUCAACAGUCUUAAAGCUCUCUCAUCCCUUCAGGCUACGGUCACAAACUUUGCUACAAACUUCCUCUCUUCUGGUCUAGCUGGAUUGUUUUUGUUUGGGGAACCAUUACCGUUCCAGUGGUUUGCAGGUGCCCUCUUCAUUGUAAUUGGAGUUCUCAUUAUGAGUAAGUCAAGUGUUGAGACGAAGGAGAGCAUCAAUUGAGGUUUGAGAUCAAGUUUAGCUUGAGAUGUUGUGAUGCCAAGAAGUUAAUGAAGAGAUAUGAUUGUGGAAGGAAGUCUUGUACUUUUGUUAUAGGCCGCAUAUUGAUUAUAUUGGGUGUCAUUCUAAUAAACCCUAGUUGAACCAGAUCUGGGUUCAUGAUCAAAUCGAAAACUGGCAUCAUCAAUGAAAUUCGCUUUAGUGUUCUGGCAAUGGCAA